AUGGCGUCCGACUUUAGCAUCUUGACCCCCAAUCCCAUGCUGGGUUAUGGUUAUAAGUUGGAGCAUUUCUGGUACGGAAUUGAGAAGUAUUCGCCAAAAGCGAUCAUUGUCGACAGUGGUUCUACAGAUGGAGGUCCGUAUAAAUUAGGGUUGAACAAGAUGACGUGCGGCCGUGAUUCAUACAUUCGAGAUCUCACACCUAUGCUACAAGCUUGCUAUUAUAAGAAAAUAAAAGUUUUGAUUAGUUCUGUCGGCGGCGAUGGAAGCGACAAGCACGUUCAGGAGAUGCUGGAGAUUGUGCGGGAAAUAUCUAAGAAACAUGGAUUUUCGUUCAAAGUUGCUACCAUCUCUGCCGGGUUUGAUAAGGGUCUGGUAAAAGAUCGUAUUCUCAAGUCCAAGGUCAGUCCAUGCGGCCCGGUUGAGGAGUUGACUGUGGAUAGUGUAGAGAGAACAAUUGAUAUUGUUGGACAAAUGGGGGCAGAGCCAUAUCUCAAGGCUCUUGAAAUGGAUCCGGAUAUCGUUCUGGGAGGGCGGUCAUACGAUCCAGCCCCUUUUGCUGCAUUCUCUAUGUUCCACAGAGUUGAACCCGCAACAGCGUGGCAUAUGGGGAAGAUCAUGGAGUGUGGAGGUAUCUGUGCGGUUCCCAAAGGAAGAUCAAUGGUCGUGACAAUGCGAAAAUACUCAUUUGACUUGACACCACUAUCGCCAAAGGAGCGUUGUACGCCGACUUCUGUAGCUGCACAUACGCUCUACGAGAAGUCUAGACCGGAUCGUUUACCUGGUCCUGGAGGAGCUCUGAUACUUGACGAUGCUUCUUAUGAGCAAAUCACUGAAAAGAGCAUACGAGUCCGUGGUGCCAGAUUCGAGCCUACUCCAAUCUAUCAAGUCAAGCUGGAGGGUGUCGAGAAGUUAGGAUAUCGCACAAUCUUUGUUGGCGGUGUCCGAGAUCCUAUUCUCAUAAGCCAGAUUGACGAGUUUCUGGCGGAAGUUAGGGCAUAUACCCAAAACCUAUUUCCACAAUUGGAUCAGACUCCUCAGUGCCGACUGAUAUUCCACUUCUAUGGCCGCAAUGGGGUGAUGGGACCGCUUGAACCUGACCCCAAAUCAGCGCAUGAACUGGGUGUAAUGGGCGAAGUUGUUGCACCUUCACAAGAGAUGUCAUACACUAUUGCCAAUAAUGUUCGUGCAUCAAUCCUGCAUAUGCCAUACAAAAAUCAAGUUGCGACAACGGGGAACUUCGCUUCUCCAUUAUCACCGCACGAAACGCCUGCAGGUCCAGUCUUUCGAUUCAAUGUCUACCACCUUGUAGACCUUGAGAAGGGUGAGGAGGAAACACUGUUCCCUAUCAGAUUCGUCACUAUUGAAAACCCACCACCUCCGGGGAGUGAGUCUGUUCCUAGACUCACUACGGAACAACGAGAGCAGUUGGCUUCCGAGACUCUGGAACCUUUGGUGUUCAAGCAAAUCCCGGAAGGAGAAUGUCAAAUGCUGGAUAUCGCGAAGAUUAUCAGGUCAAAGAACUCGGGGCCCUUUGAGUUGACUCUUGAUAUCAUGUUUGACUCUAAUGAUGCCUAUGAACGGGUCAAGAAUGCUAACAUCCUUACGAAUGAGAGGAUACAGACUUUGUAUCAUCUGAAACCUGGCGAUAUACUUACCAACACGUUCUUCGACCCAGCCCUAGCUUGGAAAUGUACCAUUCGUCGGCCUUGGGAACAAGGUACAGUAGGCGAACGAGAUACAUUGGGCACACAGCAACAUGCGCCGUUGCUUACUAUAAGAGUACCAAAGCCGAAAAACAGCACUGCCGCCUCGCCGAAACCCCAGACUAAUGUUCAAUACUUCCAAGAUAGAUCACACUUUUCAACUAGAGAUAGUGUGGAAUAUAUCUGGAGGGGGCUUGGUUUACCAGAAUAUUCCCUCAAAGCCCUGCAAUUGACCGGCGAUGGGCUUGGUUUACCUUCAUCUUUCAAGAUUGGACAUAUCGCCCAAGCCUCAAUUGGUUUGUCUGCUCUACUGGCUGCGUUAAUUUAUGGGCAUAGAAAACAAAUACCGACACCCACAGUGACCAUUCCUUUACAGCACGCUUCCAUUGAAUUCAAAUCAGAGCGAUUGUAUAGACUUACAAACAAGCCUACACCUUCACCAUGGGGCCCUAUUGGUGGGCUACACAAAACUGCAGACGGAUAUGUGAGAGUCCAUGAUUCAUUUCCCAACCACCGAGAUGGUGCAAGGAAACUUAUAGGAUGCUCUCCUGGCGCUAGUCGGGAAGAGGUUGCUACAGCAAUUGCGCCAUGGAGAUCCAUCGAUCUGGAGUGGGCUGGUUUUGACUCGAACAUUGUCAUAUCAGCACUGCGAAGCUAUUCAGAAUGGGAUGUGCUCCCGCAAGCCAAGGCAAUUGCUGAUUUCCCUAUUCUGCUUCGCAAAUUGAGCGACGGACCUGUAGGGCUGCCUCAGGAGAUGACGGACGUGGAUCCUGACAAAUGUCUGUGUGGACUCCGUGUGCUGGAAUUAUCCAGAGUUAUUGCUGCUCCAUUAUCAGGUAGAACUUUAGCCGCUCAUGGUGCAGAUGUACUUUGGGUGACGAGUCCAGAUCUUCCGGACCUGCCGGCGAUAGAUCGUGACUUCGGCAGGGGAAAGAGAACGAUUCAAUUGGAUCUGAAUGAUGAAGCAGAUACCAAUGAGUUCCAUAGGCUUCUGGAGAAUGCUCACGUCUUCACUCAAGGAUUCAGACCCGGAAGCCUAGCAAGAAAGGGGCUAUCUUCGGCAGCCCUUGCUGCUCGCUUCAAGGAUCGAAAUAUCAUAUGUGCUAAUAUGUCUGCAUAUGGCCCCGAUGGACCCUGGAGCAACAAACGUGGAUUUGAUUCUAUUGUCCAAACAUGUUCGGGCAUGAACGUGUCCGAAGCAGAACAUUAUGGUGCUGGCGAACCUGCGCGAGCGACAUGCUGUCAGUCAUUAGAUCAUGCGGGUGGUUAUUUUCUUGCCGCCGGAAUCAUGGCAGCACUGUACAAACAGGCCACUGAAGGUGGUUCAUGGGAAGUAAAUGUUUCUCUCGCUGGGGCAAUGAAGUAUCUACGCUCCUUGGGACAAUACGAAGGAUAUCUUUUUGCAGUCAUGAACUUUAGCAACAAUGUCAGCUUCGCUUCUCUGCCUUUGUUCCUGCCAACAAUUGUCUCGGAAAUGGGUGAAUUCACUGCUGUCGAGUCAAACGGCCUCCUCGCUCCACCAUACUUCAUAUACUUUCCUCUAAUUAUUGCCAUUAGUGUGAUUUCCGAUAGGGUGCGUCUUCGAGGACCAUUUCCUGUUUUCUUCGCCUUGCUUUCCGCACUCAGAUUUAUUCUCCUUGGUGCCACGACCUCGGUCAUAUCAAGAUAUAUCGGAACCUUUCUUGCCGUUCUAAUAUUUGUAACGACAUCUAUUGUACUCAUUUGGAAUGCAAACACCAAUUCCACAAGCUCCAAGAGGGCCGGUGGACUUUGGAUUAUCAUGACAGUGGGACAAUGCGGCCCUCUUCUGGGAACAAACGUUUUCCCUUCGAGUCAGGCACCGUUGUAUCGAGAGAGAUCGUGGAUUUGCUGCACUUUUGCAUUGCUGUUUGCCGUCACAGUUAUGAUGCUGAGUUUCUCUUUAUGGCAAGAGAACAAGAAGAUGGAUCGUUUGUAUGGUCCUUUGGAGGAAUCGGGUCCGGUAGAGCGUUCAGAGAAUGAUGGAAUUCCACGGUAUCGAUACAUUAUUGAGGCGUUUUGGCAGCCACGGGUUUACCUCAUCAUUCAGUCGGCAGCCCAAAAUACCGAUACUUCUAACAAAAAGAAAGCAAGGGUUAUAGCCAUCUGUAUCAGGCAUCCAGGCACCAACCCGUUAUCAAAGUUAUCGAGGUUACAUGCUGGAAGGACCCACAUCAUCCCCUCAUCUCCUUUGGGUCCUCACGAUGACUGUUACCGUUACGACGGGCAGUUGAGCGCUAAGAGAUACACAAUCAGUCAUUUUGGUGGCGUUUCUGUGUUAUUUCAUGUUCUGACAGCCAUUACGAGAUUGGUGAUCCUUUCUGACCUACAUAUAACGCGGGUCAAAGACCAUCAAGCACUUGCUAUGGCGUCGUCUGCUGACCCCGCACUGCGUAAAAAAGUUGGACAGCUUUUCGCAGUGGGAUUUCAUGGGUUUACGCCAAGUCCGGAGAUCAAAACACUGAUCAGGGAUUAUGGGUUAGGAGCUGUUAUCUUGUUCAGGAGAAAUAUCAAGGAUGCCGUUCAACUCAAGACCCUAACACUCGCCCUGCAACAAGAAGCUAAAGAAGCAGGCCACGAGCAUCCCCUGUUCAUCGGAAUCGACCAGGAAAACGGUCUAGUAACAAGAAUCAUGCCACCACUUGCUGUCCAACAGCCAGGACAAAUGACAAUCGGAGCCACUCAAUCCGCCGAAAAUGCGUACGAAGUUGGGAAAUGCACAGGAGAGUUACUGAGCUUCUUUGGCAUAAACAUGAACUAUGCGCCAGACUGCGAUAUUAACUCCGAGCCUUUGAACCCCGUGAUAGGUGUCCGUAGCGCUGGAGAUGAUCCUAAUUUUGUUGCUAGAUUCUCCUGUGCAACAGCCAAGGGGCUCCGAGAGAGUGGUGUUGUGCCUACAGCGAAACACUUUCCGGGCCAUGGGGAUACAGCUGUUGAUUCUCAUCAUGGUCUUCCGGUCAUUUCGAAAUCGCGGAGUGAACUUGAGAGAUGUGAACUAAUCCCUUUCAGAAGGGCUGUAGCUGAGGGCAUUGAAACUGUGAUGACGGCUCACAUUGCUCUGCCAAAGGUUACCACUGGCCCAGAUUCGGAAGGUCUACCAGCGACUCUUUCUCCGGAGGCGUUGGGUAUUCUACGAAAUGAUAUGAAAUAUGACGGUGUUAUUGUGACCGACUGUCUGGAGAUGGACGGUAUCCGUGCUACAUAUGGGACCGUCGAAGGGUCUUUGAUGUCUCUGAUAGCGGGUAGCGACAGCAUCAUGAUUUGCCAUACUUAUGCUGUGCAAGUCAAGUCUAUUGAACGAGUGGUUCAGGCGGUGCAACUGGGUGCGCUGUCGGAGUCACGGAUUGACGAAUCUCUACACCGAAUUGGGAAGCUCAAACAACGAUUUCUCAGUUGGGAAGAUGUGUUGCGCUCUGUAGACAAUAAUUCAGUAGGUCUGUCCUCUAUGAACCAAAGACACGAACAGAUUGCAAAUAAUGUGUACUCUCAAUCGACAACUGUGGUGAGAAAUAGCUUGGGAGUUGUUCCGAUAUCAAAAUCUAUUUCCAAAGUACUAUUACUCGCUCCCGGUGGAAAGAUCCCAGCUGGAGGAGCAGUAGACGAUAGCGGUCCCAGGCACAGAACAUAUAUCGAUGUGCUUAGAGAUGUUGCAGGUACAGCGUCUUCUGUGAUGCAGCUUGACUAUCCGGACACGGGACUGCUCUCGGAUGAACAGUGGAAGACCAUCGAGACUGAGGCCGACGUUGUUAUUCUGACUACCAGAAACGCAAAGGAGGCAAAGGGACAGAAAGAGUUUGCUCUAGAGCUGGCGAGACGUCGUAAAGAUGUGAUUGUUAUUGCCACAUGCAGCCCAUAUGACUUUCUUGAUGAUGAAGAAAUAAUCAAGACAUAUAUUGCAAUCUACGAGCCUACCGCAGAGGCAUUCACAUCAGCCAUUGACGUGAUUUUCGGCCGAGCAUCUGCAACUGGUGUUCUACCUGUUGCCUCCAAUCCCCACACCAAAACCAACAAAAGCUACAAAAUCUUGGCCUUGGAUGAAUCCCGGAAAGAUGAAAUGAUUACUGGCAUACUCGACGUAUGGAAUAAAGCUCUUCCCGAUUACACAUUACCAGCAGGGAACCUUCGCAAAGUAAUCGAUCAACCUAAUGGACACCACUUUAUCGCCCACGAUGCACAAACUGGAAGAAUAAUCGGAUUCUGUCUAUUAUACACAUCCCAGAAUCAAGGACAGACCUCCGCAGAAAUCGCCGUUAUUGCCGUCGAUCCCGUCAAACAGCGUCAGGGGAUUGGCAGUGAACUACUUUCCGAAACACGAGAAUAUCUUUACGAAUAUCAUGGCGUCAAAACUGCGUCGUUGAGAAGUUAUUUCCCUCGCUUUUGGCCUGGUUUACCGGCUGAUUUAUCGCCGGAAGAUGAGCAAUUUUUUAUUCAUCGUGGGUUUCAAUUUACUCGUUCGGGAGAUGCGGAUUUAUAUCAAGAUAUUAGGAAAUUUGUUCCACCGGAACAGUACCUUGAAAGAGCUGCUGCGAGCAAUGUGACUUAUAAGGCUAUAGAAACCCCUGAUGAGUUUGAAAAUUGCCUCGUAGGGCAGAAACGGAACUUUUCCCAUUAUACAGGCUGGGUCGAAACAUACAUAGCUCUCCAUCCCUCCAAACACCCAUCAAGCAUCAUGGCAGCUUUUGACAAAGACGGCACCCAGAUCGCAUGGACACUAAUGCUCUCUCCGGACGACGACUUUGUGGCUCAAAACUGGGCCUUUUCGCCGUUGGCAAGUGGGAAUCAGCAACCACUCAAGACUGGGAUUAUAGGAUGUGUGGGGGUGGAUGAAUCGCAUCGAAGUAGAGGUGUAGGUCUUGCAUUGUUGUGUUAUGCUAUUGAGAGUAUGAAGAAGCGAGGUAUUGAGGCUGCAUUCGUUGAUUCUACAGAUAUUGUGGGUUGGUAUGGGAAAGUAGGAUUCGGGAAGUGGAAGGAGUAUAUUCAUGCAGAGAUAUAGAUAGUUUUUAUGAACAGCAG